CUGCACCUAUACUUGCAGCAUCCAAGAAAUGGGCGCCCAGCAAAGUCGCCGUCAAAGUUCAAAAACCCAGCAUUCCACCCCCCCGUCUUCUUCUCGCACAGGACCCCUCGUAAUCAUACCAACGGCUGUUGCACUGAGGAGCCAGAUCACAGCGGCAUUAGCAAAAAAGCACAACGACGACAGCACGAGGCAGGCGGACGUUGCACACAAGACUCGCCCUGAUACCCCCUCAUCAUCUUCAGUGCAACCAGAGACCGCUCCAAUGAUAAUGGCUCCAUCCAAUGUUACCGUCCCUUGCCAGUAUCGCACCGGCAAGACCCUUGGAAGUGGGACAUAUGCCAUCGUUAAGGAGGCCAUUCAUAUCCAGACGGGAGAGUACUUUGCUUGCAAGGUCAUUAACAAGAAGCUUAUGGAGGGCAGAGAACAUAUGGUUCGGAACGAGAUUGCCGUCUUGAAAAGGGUUUCCAGCGGACAUAAAAACAUCGUAGCCCUUCGUGACUACUUUGAAACCUCUCACAAUCUCUAUCUCUGCUUCGAUCUCUGUACAGGCGGAGAGCUCUUCGACCGGAUAUGUGCUAAAGGCAACUACUACGAAGCGGACGCUGCUGGCCUCGUUCGCACCAUUUUCCAAGCCGUCAAGUACAUCCAUUCCUCCGGUAUCGUGCAUCGUGACCUCAAACCAGAAAAUCUUCUCUUUCGCACCAAGGCCGAGGAUGCCGACAUUAUGAUUGCAGACUUUGGCCUCAGUCGCGUAAUGGAGGAGGAAAAACUGAAUAUGUUGACCGAAAUUUGCGGAACGCCAGGCUACAUGGCCCCCGAGAUCUUCAAAAAGACUGGCCACGGCAAGCCUGUCGAUGUCUGGGCGAUGGGUGUAAUCACUUACUUCCUACUCGCCGGAUACACACCCUUUGACCGUGACUCACAGCAGCAGGAGAUGGAGGCCAUCAUCGCCGGUGACUACAAAUUUGAGCCUCAUGAAUACUGGGCCAACGUUAGCGAUACCGCUCGGGACUUCAUUCGAGAUUGCUUGACAAUCGACCCUUCUAACCGUCCCACUGCCACCCAAUGCUUGCAGCACAAGUGGCUUGCGGACACAUCAGCUCACUUCGUUCCUGACCCUGAGAGCCCAAGUGGUGGUCCAACUGAUCUACUACCACACGUCAAGAAGGCUCUCAAUGCGAAACAGCUAUGGCGUAAGGCGGCAUUCAGCAUUACUGCACUUAACCGGAUGACUGCUCUCGCUGGGAGCAGCCACUUGGACCAGCAGAAGCAGGAGCUGUCAGAUAACGUGCGAUUGUAUAAGGAGGAGAGUGCAAAGGAAGUCAUGGAGAAUGCUUCCAUCAUGCACCAUCAUAAUAUGAAUCAUCCUUCUGAGUCGUCUUUAAACAUCAGGGAGAGUUUGAAGAAGACGGAUGAUAUUUCGGUAGAUGGAAAGAGCGAGGAGACCUUGGCAAGUUUACUUGCCAAGGUCAGUCUGGAUGCGAAGCAAUGAAGACGACGUAGAGAUUUAUAUGGACUUUUACUUACUUCACAAUAUUACCGGGAUGACAGAAUCGUUUGUACUAAAUGACAACUCUUUUUUUUCACGUCUUGCAGCC